GCUUGUCUCUGAGUCCUGGCACCAGUCUGCUCUGCAAGCAGCGAAAGGUGGAGAGAUUUUCACCUUCACACACUCUAACUGUCACACAUAUACACACACAUAUACACACGCGCUCUGCGAGAGAAACGGCACACAUCGAAACGUAACAGGACUAUGGACCUGAGCCUGCGAGACGCUCUGGGUGGAGGUGGAGGUGGGGUCCCAGGUGGGGCCCCUGCUGAGCCCCUGCUGAAGAGAGACUUUGUGGCCUCACUGGAGAAAGAAAGCUAUGAUGACAAGGUGGGAGAGACAGUCUCCAAGAGUGACUACCGACCCUUGCUGGAUGGAAAGGACACCAAGAGCGGUCCAGGAAUGAUGUCAUCAAUGAUGUCAUCAGGGGGACGCCAAGACCCACCAGGACAACCUGCCUUCAGCUCUGACUACCUGUCUGGUCCUAUGAUGGGUGGGAAGACAGAUCAAUGGAGCGUGAACAAGACAAAGGACAACAGCAUGCCUGACUCAUUUCUAGGCUUCUCUCAGUCUGGGAUGGGAGGAACUACUGGGUCCAGCCUGCCACCAUUCCAGACCAGCAUGAGCUCCACUGUGGGCCAGACUGGGAUGGGUUCAGCUAUGGACACCCAGAAGAAUUUGGGCAUGUUUGGUGUGGAAAACAAAACCACCAGCAACACCAGUGGAAGCAGUCCAUUUAAAACCAGUGAGGUGAUUUCUUCUGGUGGCCCUGAAAUCCACUCUAUGGAUCACUCUGCAGCUCCCGUCCUCUCUCCCAGCGGCUCAAUGGACGACAGCUCUCCCACGUCCUCCGCCUCCGAACCCCUCAGCCCUGAAAGAGUGGGGCCGGGGGGCGAGGCUGGCAAGCAACAGCAGAGACGGCGGAAGAAGAAGAGGAAGGGCCACGACCAGGUCUACGACUUCUUGGAUAGCCAGCAGAAUAACAUCGGCCAAUCAGACAAGCAAGGGAUGCAGGAUAAGGGCGGUCUGGAUGCGGAGGAGGACGAAGAUGAGGAGGAGAACUGGGAGUGGGAGAUCAGAGAGAGUGGAGGAGGGGGUAGAGUGAAAGGCAGGAAGACUAAGAGUCGGGCAAGACUUCCAGAGGAGUGGGGAGUGCCCCAGCAGCCCAUCUCUCCCACACAGGUCACAACUGUUAACUCUGGUCCCUCUGACUCCAAAGCACCAGACUCCAACCCCAGCCCUGUCUUACCCUCUGCCCCUGCACAAAUUCCCACAAGUUUCAUCAAUAGUUCCCAUGCUAGCCUUGUAACAGAUUCAUCUCCACGCUCUUACGAGCCGAUGUGUGUAGAUGAUUUCCCUUUAUCUGCUAAAGAUGGUCAAAAAGCAAAUGAAGAGAAAGUUUCUACCAGCAAACCUGAAUCUAACAUAAGUGCAACGGCUGGUGUUGCCAACAAGAGUAGUUUAGCUGGGGAUGUUGAUGGUAGUCUAGCACUGAUGACAGGGGACAAUCUGAGCCCAGUCUCCCAGACCUUCUCCUUCCUGGAUUCAGUCCUUCAGACCCCUCCCGGCUCCACUCCCGACUCACAGACCACCACCCCUAUCACCAACACUCCCUCUCUUGCUAUGGCUCCCCUGACUAGAUCUACCCCGACAGAAACUGUCACCCCUGUUUCACAACCCACUUCUGUUUUGAACCCCUCCCAGAGCACUCCAGACCUUCCUCCUACUUCCACUUUGUCCACCAUCGCAUCACCCUUAGCUGCCACAUACACACGCCCACCAACUACUGCAGUUGGUUCAGCCCUCAACGCCGAUGCCAAGCCUUUCGUCCCCUCAGCCACGCUCAUAUCCUCCACAGCCACACCCAGUACGACUGCAGCCGCUCCUGGAACAGCAGCGUCCACCACCACCUUAGCCAAAACCCUUAGUUCCUCAGCUUCUCCCUGUAAGAGUGAAGCCACUCCCACAUCAUCAUCAGACACCCCCCUGAAAAGUAUAGCCACGCCCCUUAGCCCAGCAACAGCCACCCCCCCUCCAUCCAUCACCCCCGCAGCCCCUCCUUCUCUCCCUGCACACUCAGAGCACCAGGAGUCCUCGUCGCCACAGCUCCCCCCACUGGAAGUGAAAUCUGACAACAAGGACAAGCAGGAGAAGACAGACAUCAUGUCCAGCAAGACAGACAAGUUGGACGCCUUUGACAAGAAAGAGAAAGAAGAACAGCAGAAGAAGGACAGUGGCCCAGACAAGAACCAGAAGUCUGAGAAGAUUCUCAAAGAUGAGGAAAAGAUGGAGAAGAACAACAAAGCCAUUGAGAAGGCAGAGAAGGCGGAGAAGGCAGACAAGCCGGAGAAGACCAACAAAGAUGAGAAGAAAGAAGAGGAGAAGAAGCCAGCCGAGAAGAAGGACGAGAAGGGAGGGAAAGGGACAGCCAAGUCUCCCACAGGCAACGGCAGCAAGACCCUGCCGAGCCCUGACAGCAAGAGCAAGCCUGAAGUGGGUUCAGCUAAACCACACUCAGCCAAUUCCCGCCCAUCCACCCUCUCCACCAAUGGCGAGGCCACCUCGGCCAAACGCCCCUCCCCCACCUCAGCCAAUAAAAAAAGCCCUGUACCCAAGGCGACCACACCCACUGCCGCCAAGCGGCCGCCAACAGCAACUGGCUCCACCAAGGCUGCCAAGACUGCAGAAAAUGAGAAACGCCCACCUGUGGCAAAGGCCACGCCCACACCCCAUGCGACUGCCAAUAAGAAUGGCUCCUCUGCAACUCCUGCAAGUAAACCUGCUGCAAACAAGAAUGACAAGUCUGAGAACAAGACAGGAGAGACCAAGAAACCCAAAACUACAGCCCGUCCUCGCCCAGCCCCCACCACCACUCCUGCUGCCUCUACUAACGGUGAAAACACUCAUCGCCGCCGCGUCAUCACUAAACCCCCAGUGCCCAAGCAAACCCCAAUGGAAAAGAAGCCACCGGUGCCCCGCGCUCCUCGAACCCCCAGGCCCAUUAAUGCUCCAACACCUGACCUGAAGAACAUCCGCUCCAAGAUUGGAUCCAUUGACAACAUCAAGUACCAGCCUGGCGGAGGAAAGGUCUCCUCCACCCCGAACAACAAGGCAUCAGACCCCUCCACCCCUGCCGCCAAGGCCAGAGUUCAGAUAGUGCACAAAAAGCUGGACUUCAGCCAUGUCACGUCUCGCUGUGGCUCCAAGGACAAUAUCAAACAUGUCCCUGGAGGUGGCAAUGUGCAGAUCCUGAAUAAGAAGGUUGAUGUGAGCAAGGUGACGUCCAAAUGUGGCUCAAAGGACAACAUCAAACAUAAGCCAGGUGGAGGUGAUGUGAAAAUUGAGUCCCAUAAGCAAAACAUUAAAACUAAAUCUAAGAUUGGAUCCAUGGACAACGUGGGGCCAGGCAACGAACAGACCAACGGACACAAGGAGGAGAAAACAGAGGAGAAGUCUUCUUCACCCCCAACAGGACCAGCAGGUGUUGCUAAGGCAACAGCACCAGGAGGUGUUGCUAAGGAGAAUGGGGUGAAGGAGCCCACACCUACUCCUUUUGGGGGAGACGGACUGAGGGAGCCCCUUAGCAUAGACAAACGCAUCACUGAGACAAAUUGAGUCCCAGUGUCCUGUAGAUUUUGGUGGGACACGCAUGGCGCUCGCCGACCUGCCAAUCAACCGACCAACCAACCUACCACGGCGCAGUCACUUCCCUUUGGCCCCGCCCUUCAUCUCGCCCACCGCAGCACCAAACUGACCGAUCGCCUCUCAGUGUUUCUGGGGUCCGCCUGCCAGCUUCCUGCUACCAGCCCUGACCUUUGACCGCUCAACGGUUGACCUUUGACCCUGCCUACCACAGAGAAGAGCACUUGCUGUUUGUCUGUGUUUGUGUGUGGGAUUCCACCAGCUUCUCAACUCCUAAAACUCCCUUGUGAGCACUGAUUUAGAAGACUUCAAUGUCAGAUCCCAAAUUUAACACCACCAAUGCAAUAAAGCCAUUACAGUAGCUAAUGCUGUAUGGAAGUAUACUGAGCAUUGCCAGUUUUAGAGUAUUUCCACUUAUGAAUAUAAUUACUGUUUUAACAUGCUUAGUGAACAAACACCCUUAGAGCUUAGUUUCUAAGUCUAAUCUAUGGUCCCUCCUGCUGGCUUUUACAAUCCAAAACCACUUUGAUCUUAAAACCAUGUUAGCAGACCUAUGCUAAUGCUAAUAUUUGCCCCAUCUCCAUUCCCAGUCCAUGUCCACUUAGCCUCAGACCACACUCACCAGCUGAGGGACUGUUACCGGUCAGCAGCAGGGCAAAUACUGUCAGGUCUGCUUUAAAUCAACACAUUCCAGCCUCCCAGCCAGCCAGCAAUUAUUUCCAGAUUUACAGUAUCUACAGCACUGCACGUUGUCACAUUGUAGGUAAUUCUACAGCUCACUCAUCAAACAUUAUCUCCCAUUAUAUCUCUUGAUAUCAGUGCACCAGUGUCUCACCGAAAUUGAUUACAAUAAUGCCUCUCUUUAUCUCUGGAUUAUUGAUAUCAUGAUGCUCAUCGUUAGCAGUGAUCGGUGCGGAGGACAGGGGCUUACGUAGAGUAGACAGGAUACAAUUGGAGACGUUUGGAAAUAGAACUAAAGAAUAGAAAUAGAUCUGAAGAUAGAGAUUAAAACCAGUGCAGAAGCAUUCAGGAUGUCUGACAAUUCCUUGGCUAUGUUCAAAAAAAGAUGUAUUUAUUGACAGUACAGUUCAGACGAAUUUUAUUACAAUCGGGAACAUCAUGUAAUGAUGUGAUCAAAGCAUGAUAAUCAUCAGGAAAGGUAGGCGUUAAGUGACGGGGGAGCCCUGUGGCUUCUCUGGGUAGCCUUGGCUUAAAAAGGAUUUGGCACUGAACACAGGCAUUUGAUCUUGAUGCCAAAUAAGUUCAUUUAACCUUGAAGAAGAGAUAGAAAUUUAAGAUGAAGGUGUAUUAACUCUUCAUGAUAUGUGUUAACCGUAGAGUUAAUCUGCUAGAUCCUGCACCUUUUAGUCAUGCAACAUGAAAGCAUGUAUUUCCUGUAGCACUUACCUUAUUGUGGACGGCGUCAUCCACCAUGUCAUGGGCUGCUGAUGAAAGACCCGGUCACGCCAGCGCUUGAAAUGGCAAGAUUUCACUGCAAAAUUCAUUUGUUGCAACGAAAUGGCCAUAAUCAGUGAUUUCGCUCACGCGGCAGAAGUAAAACCGUGAACAUUUUUCAAAUCACAAGUUCAAGUUAGUGAACUUUGACAUGCUGAUUUGCCAGGGGGGAGUAAACUGUACAUUACAGAGAAAAAGAGGAAAAUCAGGGAUCUGUUGUUACUGAAAAAGUUCUCUGCUUGUUAGAGUCUUAGCGGUUAGCUCACCAGCUAGAUUCAUUUACCAACUAGCCGACUAGUUCCUGCGUCACCAAGGCUACAUUCAGACUGCUCAAAUUUGUUUCUCAAAUCAGAUCUUUAAGACAGACUGUCCGCCCUGUUAUUUGCAAGUAAUUAGAUCGGAUUUGUGUGUCCAGACAUCACCAACCUAGCUGCAUGGGUUGCUGUGGUAACAACAAAGUAACGUAGCUACGCUGGUGAUGCAGCUUUUCAGCACAGAAGUGUGAGAAACAAGGUAUCAGCAUGGAUCUGCUCAGCACCUCAAGAUUUGAGGUCGUCAUUGUGUGUUGUGUUCAAGGACACUUAGAGUGGCCAGAGCAUCUGGACUAAGAUGCAGCAGUAGAAAUCUGACUGGAAUUUAAACCACCUCCUAAUGUGGGUUGGUCAUGGGUUUUUUUGUUGUCUAGUCUUCCUAAAGUUGUUCUGGAUAUACCAAAAACACAGUUUGGGCUAUCAGUCUGAACAAGGCCCAAGCUGCUGAAACCACAUAAUUUGGAAAAAAGCGCAAAUAAAUUCCACCAUGCCACUUUCUGGCGUGACCGGGCCGUAAUUCACCACAACACAAUAUUUUUUGUUCUUCUUGUGGAUUCUCAUUAGUUUCCACAAAGUGGCUGGUGGUCUUCCUGCAACCCAAUACCUUUAUGGUAUAACAUCAGGGUAUACACAGGUCUCUAGAUUAUAUUGCCAACCUCUGGGGAUAAUGAGUGUUAAAGCACUACUUAACUGUUCAUAUCCUGCUUAUCAAGCUGAACCUUUGACACUUAUUUGAUCAGUUGUGGUCACGCGGUCUAACGCAACCCCACAAACUACUCUGGGUGUUUCAGGACUGCAGCCCUCAAUGUAAGACUUACAGACCCUUAACCUUUAUCUUUAAAUAAGCUCAGUUUACUUUAGUCUUCUCAAUAAGGCUUGUUUCUAAACAUCACAUGCAACCCUGUUCUCCUGCACUAGAACUCAUUGGUUCCCAUACAGUCUGAUUGCUUGACCCCAGACCUCCCAUACAUUCUUUAGUCCCAGUCAUACACAUAUAGACUCUCCUGUUAGAGACCCCAGCAGUCACCCUGAGCUGUGUCUGAUGUAUACAGUUCACAUAUGGCUAUUAAAGACAGACAAACAGACAGACAGCGCCUUCUUUCUCUCGCGCAUGUGGUACUUCCUGGUCAUGUGGUUCACCCCAGUGGAGAGGGGGUGGGGCUGCAGAGCCACACCCUCUUUUAAGUCCUCCCACUAGCCGGUGCGUCUUAGAAUCCUCUCUGUGAGACCUGCUAACUUUCUUCACACACUUACACACAAGCACAGAUAUACACAGGAAAGCACACACAUGCUUGUUGGUGUGCAUGUAUACACACACACACACACACACACACACACACACACACACACACACAAACAGAAAUCACAUAUACAUACAAUAUAAUACACACAAACACAAAUAAGCACCCUAAAAUAAAUAUAGUAUGCUGUUCAUAGAGGCAUUUGUUUGUUAAUGAAACCAACUCUUUAUUGUACUUUGGUGGUCUAUGCUGAUAUUGUUAAAACAAUGAUGAGCUGUGUCGGUGUGUUGUUCCUAUCAUAGUCAUUGUCUGACAUUUUCAUCAUAGGCUCACCUCACCCCAGCCUCCUCCUUGUCUGUUUCCUCGUCCCGUGUUUCGCUCCAACUCUCUGACAGCAAUACAGUGAUCUUAGUUGGGAACGCCUCCUGUUACCCGUCGAUACACAUGACACAAGAUGGAGAGCGACUGCAGAAGUUAGUAACGUGUAGUUAGACGUAGGUAAGACGUGUCAAUUAAAGGGAAUAAUGUUACAUUCAUGGCAAGUAUUGAAGUUGGCGUUUUCUUUGCAACCUUUUAGUAACUGAUUUAUUUACGACACUGUCUCGUAGAUUGAAACUACUAAGAGCUACAGUACUACCAAACCAUUUGAGGUUUCUAGUUAUCUAGUGUCUCUGGCAUAUAUUUUACUCAACAUCUGUAGUGUAAAUAGAUGAAAGUAAAUGGUUUUUUUUUCUUGAGCAAUUUGUCUUUUUUGUUUGUGUGUGUGUGCGUGUGUGUGUGUGUGUGUGUGUAGGAUAUCACUGAAUAAAGAAAACAUUAAAACUCUCAAAGUUUAAAAAAAAAAAAUCUUUUUUUUCUACACUGGACAGCAGGAACUGCCCACCUCCAAAAUGCCAUGAAUGCAGCAGUAUUUCAGCAAGGCAGAACCAAGAACGGCCUGCAAUUACUGUAGCUGGGACCAUCCAGUGGUGUUUGAAGUUGUGAACAAAUCUGUACUUGUAUAAUAGAGAUCCGUAUUUGACAUUGUGAAUUUUAUUUUAUUUUUUUCAUUAAAAUGGUGGUAUCACAUUCAGAUAGAAAGAAAAUCUGAUCAAUUUUGAUUAGAAAUUUGUCAAAAGUAAAGGGAACAUUCGUUUUCUCAGUUUCCACAAUUGUUAAAUGUCUUAAACGGUCUAGUUUGGACUUAAAUCUUUUUUUAAUUUGUUUGUAGUAAUUUAGGAAAUCAACUAAAUUUUGGAUUCACUUUAAAAAACACUGUGAUGUGACUUUGAUUUACAGACCUAAAGCAUUGUUAUGUGUCCCACCUGAAAAAAAAUGAGUAGAAACAGUUGUCUUAAUGGAGAAGGCCCUAUCUACUCACUGUAAUUCUAUGCAUUGUGCAUUAUAGGCUGGGAUGGUCUUCGCUCAAACUUUGAAGGCUUAGUGACUUGUUUGUGGGCUGUUGCCGUAGUUGUCAGAUGUGUGAAGUGUUACUACUGCCUCCAUCCUGUAGAGAGCGCUGCUUAGCCUCGAGAACACUGAUAGUCUGGCUCUGAGACUUAACAAAGGCUGACUGAGAAACCUUACAUCACCAUUAGAGACCAUUUCACCAUUAGAGAAACUUCAGUCAACUUAGAUACUGUUCUCAUUUAAACUAGUUUUGAUGGCCACACUAUAUUAUUGUAUCUGGAACACUAAAUACUAUCAAAGUCAUAUUAAUUCUGUACAGUUCCCCUUAAAACUCCAAAGUCUCGUGCACUUUGAACACAGUCUUGUUCUUUUCUUGAUGCACUGAAGUGAUAUAAAAGUUGCUUUACUGUAUAUUGGUAAAACAUUGUCAGCUGUGUACUGUACAUGUGUGCUUUCGGGAGCAAAACAGUCUUGGUAGUUAGAUGAAGUUAUGAUAAUCAAAGAGCAAGUGGUCAAAUAGUCAACAAUGAAGACUAGGCAACUAAAAGCACCAUAUAAGCAUAUUUAAUAUUGUACCGUUCUUUCCAAAUCAUUCCCAUGAGUUGCCUAAAAGUGAAACAUGAUACAUGACUUGUGUGUGGAUCAUAUGUGAUAAUGACAAUGUGAAUCUUUCUUCAGGAAUAGAAGAACAAAGGGAUGAAAGCACUUUGAUAGGUAUAGACAGUGGUUUGUGGAUAUAACAGAGGAAGAAGUUGUAGUCUUGUGUGUUGGAAGCUCAGUGUAAGAGUGUGUUACGGGAUGAUCUUAUGUUGUGUAUUUCGAUCGACACAUCGGUGCCCCUUUAUCUUGGUCAGCUUAGUGGAUUUUAGUGGAGCUUUGGUCACCAGUGUUGUGCUAUUGGCUAUGAUGGUUUAACACUCGACUCUCCAGUCUGCCCUCAUGUUGUUCCUGUCAACAUUCACUGGUUAUUACUUUAUGACCAAGCUACAAAAACAUGUUUCCCCAGUGGGCAGGUGUCAGUUUACAGCCAGUUAUAGAAUCCUGACUGUAUUUGAUAUGUUUUAAGAGGACUAGCAUCAAAGCUAGCCCUGGUAGAACGUUAAGUCAUGAAUAGAUUUGACACCAUUAGCAUGCAACAUGUUAAGUAAUAAUAAAUGAUUAUCAUUAUCAGUAGUGUAGUGGUAGUCGGUGAGGUGGGUGUACGAGUAGGUAGAUAGGUAGGUCACUGAGGAGGAAGUGGGUAUACUGUCCUAUAUGUUCCAAUGGCUGUACUGUAUGGCUAGUAGAUGGGUAUACUGUAAACAGCCAGAGAGUAUACCCCCCACUACACCACUGGUCAGUAUCCUAAAACAGUGUAAAUGAGAACUUGCAGCAGUUGCAGCACUCUACGGUUAGUUAUUUUAAAGAGAAGCACUCAGACCUGAUAAAUUAUCCCGUCGCCUGUAAAACAGACAGUAGGGUUUGAUCAGAAUGCUGCACUUUACACAGGAAGUGAGUGGCAUCAUCCAGACAGCCAGAAAUGACAGUAGAUAAUGAUAAAGAUUGUAAUUUAAAAAACACAACUUCCAACUUAUGAUACAGAAGUUUUCACACUUUUUAGAUCAGUGUUUCUCCAUUUAGAAAUUCUAUUAUUCUUUUUCCUUGUAUACAGUUCCAUGACCCUUACUUCACAUAUGGCUAUGUAAUUAUAUCUGAAGUAUUUUGGAAAGGCAUUUGUGCCUUUAUUAGAUACAGUACAUAGACAGGAGAGAGUAAAUGACAUAGGGGAUGUCAUGUGGGCAUGGUCAACUCUUGAAACUGAAGCAAGAUAAUGGUGAAUCUUUAGUUUCUGUGUUGGAAGCUAUAUUGUGACUUUACAUUAGAAUCUGGUCAAUUCUGGACAGUAUUAGCUUAAAGCAGAUCCGUCAUUUGGUGUCAGUGCAUUGGUCAGCUCAAAAGUAACAACAAAUAGCUUUGCAUAAAUGACAAAGAUGCCUUUUAGGUCUUUAGUAGCAGUGAUGGCAUUAUGUAGAUUAUUAUUAUUUUUCAACUCUAAUAUGUCCUGCUGAGUGCAAAUCUUGGCCACAAUGACCCAAAGGAUCUUUAUAAAAAAAAAAAAAAGUUUGUUAUGUAUUUAUCUACAAAAAAUGAAUACCAGUGUACUACAUCUUAAAAACAUUUUUAAAAAUCAAUAUUGGCCUUGCCUCCAAAGUCUAGUAUGGACCAGGCUAAACUAUACCUACUGUAUGCUAUAGUGAUAGCACAUGACGUUUCCAAAAGAGGUAAUUAGAUAUUCAGUAAGAAGAGCAAUGGGCCACUUUAUCCCUUUAAAGGUGCAGUAUGUGAUUCUAGAGAAAAAUAGCUGAUUGCUGAGUCUCAUUCAAAGCUGUCAAGCACAAUUUGGUUUGGUAGUUUAGUGUGACUACCAACACAAAGUGUUGGUAUUUGACGACCUGGAAAUGAGACUCAACAAUCAACUAACUUUCUCCAGAGUCGUAUACUGCACCUUUAAGUUAAUGUUUAAUAUAAUUUUAGAGGAUAUGAUUAGGUUUAAGUCUAGAUGUAUGCUUUUACUGCUUAUUGGUAACCAGUAUGGUUAUUUGUGAAACACAGUUAACGUUGCCACCUUGCAGCUUGGACAAAAGGUAAUAACCAGAUUAACUCUGAUGUCCUUUCACAACUGUUUGAAUCCCCAGUUACAGCGCUUGAACACCUCCCUUCCACUAGUAUCUCACACUGUCCCUUGUAUAUAGUUUCCACCUUGUUUUUAUCACUCCAGAAGUAACUCAAAUAAAUUAAAUCAAACAAAAAAAGAAAGAAAAAAAAUCGUACUUCUUAACAGGGUGUUGUGGAUGUUGACAGAUAAGCUUUCACGUUCAUAAACCUGUUAGGUUAAUAAUGGUAUUAUUAUAAGAUUGAAAGCAUAAGAAAGGAAAAGUGUACUUUUUCCUUUUUUCAGAGUCUGCCUUUUUUUCCGCCAAGAAAAGGGCUGCUGAAGUUUCAAGAAUGUUUUUAAAAUGUAUUAAAGAUGCAAGAUUAUGAAUACAUGUAUGAGGUUUGUCUCUGUUCUGUUUUGGAAGAUAGAUCACAUAUGGAAACACUACUUACUGGAUUCAAAUUGACAGGCUGGAAGGGAGGCAGUGUGUGUCGUGUUUGUAUGGUCAGAUAUACAGUAUGACUUCAUUACAGACAGAAAACCCGGAAUCACAGAAAACAAAAUAACACACUUCAGGAUUGGUUGGCCAACUUUGGUUGAUUAAAACAGAAAGACUCAAUUUAAUUGGUUUCCACUUUGGUUUGAAAUGCACUACUGUACAUGUAACACCUGACACACACUGCUCAGCCCUUUCUCUCGCCUAUCGUCACCUCCCCACCUGUUAGAUUAACCAGACUUAGUCUUUUGGCAUGUGUUAGAAUGUAAUGUUGUAUUAGACAGCUCCUACUUAGACACCUUGACAUACCUACCAACACAGGACUGAAUUAAAGGAUGUCUUGAAUCAAGUUAUCUUCUCAGUUUGAAUAACAAAGGCUGAAGAUAAAAGACAAUUUCAGACAAAUGUGCACAAUUAAAAAGUGCAGGAUAAAUCGAUGAAUACUGAGCUCAAACAUACAGUAGGUUUGAAUUUGAACUGUCCUAAGAGAGACGGCUAAUUGCCUGAAAUGUAACUGGGGAAAAAGGUUACCAAGAAUAAAAGGGAGUGUUGGUAGAUAUGCACCUGGAGCCCCUAGCUGUGUCUCCCACCUACAGAGGCUUGUCAGCAUCACAGCACUGAAAAGUAGCUUUCUCUACUUGUGUCCUCUACCACAUAAACAGCAUCUACCUUAUGGUAGUGCAGUAAAACCAAUAUUCCUACAGUUUAUUUAUCAAGGAGAGCACAAAACUAGAACUCUGUAUCACUUUGUAGAUGAUAAAUGUUGUAUUGAUCUUAUUAGUCAGGCUUUGUUAUUAAUAGGUUAUUAAUCAAUAUCAAACAUAAGCAAAUUAAAAAACAGACAAAGAGUCUACUUUUCAGUACCGUGUAGUGGAUCCACUGUAGUGUGUGCUGUAUUAUUCUGUAGGGCACAACACCAUAGCAAGAGCAUGCAGAAGACAACAAACAAACUGCUGGUUAUUAGAGGCAUCUGUCCUAUUAGAUAGAGCUCAUCUCCCCCCUUCAAUUCUGAAUAUUUGGUAUGAAAGAGAUGUUCAUUGUGAUUCAUUGUUAACCAGUGAUGUGAAUAUUAAUCAUGAAAUAAAAAGGUGAGCAAAAGAUCA